GCGAACAAAAGGUUGUUACUUUGGAGAAGAAGCUUGCAGCAGCUCAAGGGAAGCAUCAUCAGGACUCCAAAUCGAUCACCACCAUACAGGAGCAGCUUGCCAAGGCAAAGGCCCAGGUUGCAGCGCAGGCAGAAGAAGCGACUUUUGCCUUUGACACGCAUGUGCCGUUGACACGCAUGCAAACAGAGGCAGAGCAAACAGCGAAAUCUGCACGCGCAAAGUCUUUGGUUGCUGCUUUGUCUGUGGCUGCCUCUGCAGAAGGUGUGGCAGGGGCUGCAGAAGGUGAACAAGUCGCUUCAUUUGGUUUCCAGGCUGCUCAGAAGGAAAAGGCCAAGAACGCAGGAGUCAACAUCACCAAGAAGCCAAAGAAGGCUGCUGCCAACACUGACAAAUCGUUGAGGGAUAUCUUCAAACUUGGUUCCCACAUUCUGAAGUGA